AUGAUUUCUCUUAAUUUUGCAGAGAGUGACAGUUUCCUAAUAUAUAAUGAAAAGCUCAGACUUUGUGUACAGCUUGAAGGAUCCGAUUCCAUCAUCCUGGACCGCUGCAAUAAGGAUAAUGAGCAACAACAUUUUAAGUGGGUUUCUGAUGACCAGAUGCUGAACAUGGCAGUGAAGCUGUGCUUGGCAGUGUCUUCAAAAGCAGACCUAGUUCCAGUCACACUGUCCCCCUGCAAUAGGACCAGUGCGCUUCAGAAAUGGGAGUGCAGUAAUGACACCCUUCUGGCACUCAAAGAAGAUCUAUUUUUGCAUCCUGCCAAUGCCCAUAAGGGCAAAGUUGUGCUAUCUAAAAUAUCCACCAUGAAGAGUACCUGGAAGAUUUAUGGAACAGGGGACAGCUUGUGUUCUCAAGGCUAUGAAGCUCUUUUUACCUUGAAUGGCAAUGGCUUUGGAGCCCCCUGUAUAUUCCCAUUCAAAUAUAUGAAUCAGUGGCAUGCAAAAUGCAUAAGCGAGGGUGAUGAAAAUGGACGCCUUUGGUGUGGGACGACUGCAGAUGUGGAGAAAGACGCUUUAACUGGAUAUUGCCCAGUAAAAGGUGGCCAUGAUGAUUUUUUCUGGACCAGAAACCAUUGGACAGGAGAUCUCUACCAGAUCAAUACCCAAUCAGCUCUAACAUGGUACCAAGCUAGAAAGAGUUGUCAGCAACAGGACGCUGAAUUAUUAAGCAUCACAGAACUACAUGAACAAAUAUUCCUGGCAGGACUAACAGGCAGCAUAAAUAAUGACUACUGGACUGGUCUUAACAAUCUGGAUUUUGACAGUGGAUGGCAGUGGAUUGACAACUGUCCUUUAAGAUAUUUGAACUGGGCCCCAGGUAGCCCGUCUCUGGAAUCAGAAAAAAUAUGUGGUUCAAUGGAGUCUAACAGUGGUAAAUGGGAAAAUAAGAAUUGUGAGGAAAAACUUGGAUACAUUUGCAAAAAAGGAAACUCUUCAUCAGAUGCUUCUGGCACUCCUUCUGAUGACUCUAAGCCUGUUAAAUGCCCAGAUGGCUGGUCUGGAUAUGCAGGUCACUGUUACCAUCUUAACCGAGACCCCAAGACCUGGAAGGCUGCGUUAUUGUCCUGUCGAAAAGAUGGUGGAGAUUUACUAAGUAUACACCACAUUGAAGAAUACAGCUUUGUCAUCUCUCAGCUGAGUUACAGACCGACAGACGUGCUCUGGAUAGGACUGAAUGACCGGAAGACUCAGAUGUAUUUUGAAUGGAGUGACGGUGCUCCCGUGAGAUUUACCAAGUGGCAGCGAGGGGAGCCGACACACAUCAGCGACGUGCAGGAAGAUUGCGUCACCAUGAGUGGGGAGAAUGGGUAUUGGUCAGAUUAUUUCUGUGAAGAAGAACUUGGUUACAUUUGCAAAAGAGAACCUUUGGCAACUGUUGCUGGAGAAACUGAAAUGACUGAUCCAUACUGCCCAGAAGGCUGGAAAAGGUACAGCUUCUAUUGUUACUACAUUGGACAGACAGCUGUAAUAUUUUCAGAAGCAAAGAGCUUCUGUGAAGCAAACGGGGGAUCUCUGACUUCUGUGGAUGACAGAUAUGAACAAGCCUUUCUGACUAGUCUAACUGGGCUGCAUUCUGAAAAAAUGUUUUGGAUUGGUCUUUCCGACAUAGAGCAACCAGGGACAUUUAAGUGGACCAAUAGAAGCGAUGUUCUGUUCACCCACUGGAAUUCAGAAAUGCCUGGGCGGCAGCCUGGAUGUGUUGCCAUGAGAACUGGAACUGCGGCUGGAUUAUGGGAUGUUGUGAGCUGUGAGGAGAAGGCUCCUUUCCUCUGCAAACAGUGGGCAGCAGGUGUGACACCUCCCCCCAUCCCAACAACAAAGAGCCCACCCACAUGCCCAGAAGGAUGGUCUCUAAGCCCAACGGGACGUGUAUGUUUCAAAGCCUUUGUCAGUGAAAAAUACCAGAAGAAGACUUGGUUUGAAGCACAAGAUUUCUGUAGAGAACUUGGAGGAGACCUGGCUUCCAUACAUAUUUAUGAUGAAGUGCGUUUGCUGGAUCAAAUAAUUUACGAAGACAGUUGGAUUGGUAUAAACCCCAUGGGCCCCAACACAGGGUUUACCUGGAGUGAUGGAUCUCCUGUGGAAUAUAAACGUGAGAACAUCUGGGAUCGGCCUUUCAGAGAGAAUCACCAACAAUGCAAAGCACUGUAUGGAUAUGGUUAUUACUGGAAAACUUACUGGUGUGACUUUUUACUUCACUGGAUUUGCCAGAUAAAUUCAGAUGUAUCCUUGAAACCAGAACCAAUAAAUACUUUAGAACAUUCUUUCAAGAUAAUUGAAGAUGGCUGGAUUGAAUAUGAGAACAAUGAGUACUAUUUCAGUAAUACCACUUUGCAUGCAGAAGGAGCCCGGAGAUUCUGCAGGGCACACAAUGCAGACCUUACUGUCAUUGAGAGUGAAAGGGAAAGAAGGUUUUUGCGUAAAUAUAGUGUCUUUUAUGGAUCAUCUAUGAAUGAUCCCUAUAUUGGUUUAAUUUUGGGACUUGAUAAAAAGUUUGGAUGGAUGGAUGGCUCUCCAGUGACCUAUGUAGCCUGGGCGCCUGAUGAACCCAACUUUAAAAAUGAUGAUGAACACUGUGUGGUCAUGUACCUUAAAACAGGCUUCUGGAAUGGUAUAAACUGUGGCGCUCUGCGGAGCUUCAUCUGUGAAAGACAUAAUAGUUCUGUCCGUUCUACUGUGGCUCCCACAUCAGCUGUGCCUCUGGGAGGCUGUGCUGAAGGCUGGCUCUGGUUUAAUAACAAAUGCUUCAAGAUAUUUGGCUUUAAUGAAAAAGAAAGAAAAAACUGGUAUGACGCACGUACUGAUUGCAGAAAGCACAGAGGAAACCUGGUUAAUAUCCCAAGUGAAUCUGUUCAAGCUUUUCUGACAGUGCACUUAAAAAGCACCUUGGAUGAUACCUGGAUAGGACUGAAUGAUGUCAAUUGGCCAGGGAGAUUCUUAUGGACCGAUGGAACUGUUGGUGUGUACUAUACAAACUGGGCCAAAGGUUUUCCACAUAACAGAGGUUACUGUGUUUUCAUGAUGAGUAGGCCUGAAAGACUGGCAGGAAAUUGGAGAGAUGAUAAAUGUGAUGGUAAUAAAAGCUACAUCUGUCAAAGGAACACUGAUCCAGCACUGCCUCACCAUGAAACGACCAUUCCGGCCUCUGGCUAUGUCCCUUAUGGAAACAGCAGCUAUUCGCUUGCUAGCCCCAAAAUGACUUGGGAAGAAGCACGAAGAAAGUGUCGCUCCGAGGGGGCAGAGCUUGCCAGCGUUUUAACUCCCUACGUCCAAUCAUUCCUGUGGCUGCAGGUGUUAAAAUAUGGGGAGCCGGUGUGGAUCGGGCUAAACAGCAAUAUGACAAAUGAGAGAUACAAGUGGAUAAGCAGAUGGAGACUGGUUUAUACUAACUGGGCCCCCGAUGAACCAAAGCAGAAAAUAGCCUGUGUCUACUUAGACCUAGAUGGCCACUGGAAAACUGGAAAUUGCAAUGAAAAGUACUUCUCUGUCUGUGAACAAUCUCAUGGUAUUGUCUCAACUGAAAUUCCUGAUGCUCCUGGAAGGUGCCCUGAAUUAAAAGAAACCGAAUUAUCAUGGAUUCCUUUUCGAACUCAUUGCUACGCAAUCCACCCGGGGAAUGAAUACUGGUCUGCCGCAUCCAAGAGAUGCAGUCAAUUAGGUAGCACCUUGACUUCAAUAGAAGACCUAGCCGAACAGGAAUUUUUGCGAGAACACACUGAACAACUCCGUCCAAUGGAUUUUUGGCUAGGAUUGGUCAAAAGUAUAGAUGGAGAAUGGAUAUGGCAGGAUAAUACUGCAGUGGAUUUCGUCAACUGGAAGGAAGGAUAUCUCGAUGGUGCUGCAGAAAGAUAUUUCAGUGAUGGUUUUCUUAAAUAUCAAGAUCAUUCCGUUUUCAUGAAUGGCCAUACAGGAGAGUGGUCUAUUUCACGCGAGUAUUACUCCAAGGGAUUUAUUUGCAAAAGAAAAAAAAGAAAGAGGAUUCAGCACACCAUCCUGUACAUGCCUAGUUCUGGCUUCACUUCUGCUCUUUUUCUGUAUCACCGAUCUUUCCAGGAGGUGUCAAUUUCUUUAGCUGUACGUCCCCAGCACACAACUGUCUCCACCAAAUUACUUUGUGUUGAGAACUUAAUAUUAACAAAUUCCUGUUUGUACAAGGAACUACAUCAUAGUUUUGACCGACUAUAUUUCAUGCAAUGUUUGUUUUUCUGUGUAUGUGUCUUCUAUACAUCACACACAUUCUUUCCAUUUGUAGAGAAAGAGGAAGUUCCUGGUCCAAACCAUGGGAGAAGCCUAAUGGUGGUUAUCCUGGUUGUCCUUAUCCUCAGUGGUGUAGCAGUAGCAGUCUUUAUUUUCCUCAAAAGAAGAAGAAGAAGGCAACAAGCCAGUGCUGGUGCUGGCACAUCUUUGUAUUGUGACAAUGAGAUUAUUCUUCCACAUAACAACUCAGAAACUCUUGUGAACAACAAAGAGCAGAAUUAACAAAUCUGGGCUGCAGUCCUAUGCACACUGAACUGGUGGUAAUUCCCAUUAACUUCGAUAGAGGGUACUUCUGAUAGGAUUGUUCUGUUUCUAAAUUAAUAGAAAUCUGGAAAAUGUUUGUCCAAAACAGCAAUGCACUGUGUGUGUCACAGGGCAUGUUCUCUGUAAACAACACACAAUGGUACAAGUAGAAAAUGGUACAGAGUGGUGGUAUUUCACAACCUCAAACAGCACAAGCUUAGCUAAGAGAUUAUUUUGGUUGUGCAAGUCGUUAUUCAUCAUGAUUACAGAAGUGUUUAAGCAAGCAUAAUUUGAAUUAAAUUCUUCUCUUGUGCAUGGUUCAGAAUCUAUUAUUUGCUAGUGCCUGGUCAUCUGAGCCAACAGAUACUGUAUACUGUGAGAUACUAAGGAAAGCAGCAAGAAGU